AUGCGGCGCAGUGUGCUUCGACUGACGGGGCACGGUGGUGCCUUUGCGUUGUGCGCGACGCUGCGGAGCCCGCCGGAUGCGGCCGCACCAGCGGCCGCGCCGGUGAAGGACCCGAAGGACUUCAAGAUACAGCCCAUGCAGCUGCACGCGCGUUCUACGCACAUGUACGAGGCGAGUGCGCAGGGAGCCGAGGUGGGUGCCCGCAACGAGGCCGCCUGCAUGAAUUACGAGGCCUUUAAGCCGCACGACCUCAACGGCAUGCUGGCGAUGCCGCACCUCGUCAACCUGCUCACCAUCACACCGCUCUACUGCGCCAUCGUCUGCGUUGCCAGCGUGGCGUGGGGCAUCGUAUACUGGGACUUGUACUGCCGCCGCACGUACGAGACGGUCCUUGUCGCCAGGCCGGAGUCACUGCGUUGA